AUUGUAGUGACAGAAUAGGUGUAUCAAAAUGUAUAAAUUUUUAUUAUUGUGUGUGGUUGCUUUUUGCGGCGUCAACAGUUAUAAACUUCAAGGGGCUGAGCGGAUCGCACAAGGACAAAUCAGAAAUGACAUACAAUAUGUGAUAUCGUUACAAGACAAAAGUCAAUUACAAAGCUACACUAGAGGUCACAGAUGUGGCGGUGUGUUGAUCACUCAACAGCAUGCGCUGACAACUGCAGCAUGCACUAUGAACACCAAUACAGGGGUAUCCAUCAACUUUGCCAACUUUAGAGUUUUCGCUGGGACAGUCCUUACAAGUGAUAAUGUUAACAACGUUCGCGACAUAGCGACUAUAACUAUCCACCCACAAUAUACCAGACAUAUACCGUUUGUCAACGAUAUUGCUGUUAUUACAGCCAGUGUGCAGUUGAUGAGUUUGUCGGGAGUAUCUUUGACUGGAUAUGCGCAGUGCAAUACUCUACUGCAACAGUCAGGUGCUACAAGUGUACAAAUUUUUCCUAACAUGAUUUGCGGAACUGCUAAUGGGGUAGGAUGUACGGGUGAUCUGGGGAACCCAUUAGUAUGUAAUAACAAUCAGGUUCUCACAGGGUUACUAACUCGAAGCAACAACUGUACUUUAACGGGUUUACCAGAAAUCUACACUAGAAUUCACGAAUUCAUACCAUGGGUGAAUCAAGUGCUAAAUACGACAACAACUACUACGACCACGACAACGACGACGACAACGACAACAACCACGACACCAAUGCCUCCGAUAAUCGUCACGACGCCUGCUCCAGGAUCAGCAUUCACGUCACGACUCGGAACUGCUGUAGCACUAACAUUCCCACUGAAGUUCUCCAUCGUGAUCUGUCUUGAGCUUUACGCUUCACCUGAAACACCAGAAUUGUUACAAGUGUGGUAG